AUGAAUUGCACCUCACGUGCCACCAGUUCAGCAGCGGUCGUACCAGUUGGCAGCACUGCCACUGCUCCUCAGCUGUCCACCCCAGCUGCAGCAACAAGGUCUGGCACUGGCCGUGCACGAACAAUGACCCUCAAGCAACAGCAGAAUGUUGCUCAGCAAGCUGAGAAAGAAGACAGUGCCCAGAAGCAGGCAUAUACUGAGGCACUUCGUGCUCAGCAAAAACACGAGGAGAUAAAUGGGUUCAACAAGGAAAAGAAUAAUUUGAGCAGCAUCGACGUUGAUGAUACCUUGGGGCCUGAAUCUGAGGAUGAUGAGACUCUCGAGAACAUGCUGUUCUCCAGCAUCACAGUUGUCCCUCGCCCAGUUCAACACUCGAGGAAUGCACCCAAGCCAUCUGACCAGGCAUCUCUGGACAUGAUACAUGUUGGCACCUUGCCUAUGAACAAGAAACAGGGCCCUGUCCUCAUCCAUCGUUUUACUGGCCCCAGCAAGAAGUACCCUACUCAGGACAAGUAUUUGGUGACUCCAAGUGCCCCUCAGACUCUGCUGGUCAGGAAUACCCCCAUUGGGCCCUAUACACCUCACAUUCAGGCUGUGUAUGGGUGCCCAGAUGGGUCAUCAUAUCACUCGCACAUCCAUGUCCCAGAGGCUGAGUUUGGAACAGCUCCCACUGGUCUUCACUUUGCAGAACCCAUUGUCUAUGAAUACCCCAAUGCCCACCCAGAUCUCGAGAACUUCCCGUGCUCUGCAGCACACACUGGCCAGGAUUGUGUUGCACCUCAACAGGCCACACCCAGCUUGGAGGUUUGCGAUGAGCGUGGUAUUCGGGUGGAACUUGACGAGAAAAUAUUCAAACUGAUUGGAGCAUGUGCCUCUCAAACCCGUGGUCAACUCAAGACAACCUCCAAGCCCUAUGUCCUCCCAUCCUACAGCAUCGAUGGCUCCACUGGCAAGUGUGACAUUUGUGACUGGGUCGAGCACCUCCUUGACAGUGCUCGCUUCAUAUACAAGGCUCGUUUCACUGACCCAGAAGCGAAAACUGGGAUAUUUCGUGCUUCAAUCCUUCAAGUUAUCAUCAAUAAGAUGUGGUUCCGCAACAAGGAUGAUGAGGGUGUCAUUCACCCUGAGUUUUUGGAGGAUGACAUGCUUGCUCUCCCAACACUUGCUCUUGCUUUGACUAUUGUUGAGAACAAUCUUGAUGACUCCGAUGAUGAGUGGGUCACUGGUGAACAGUCAGAUGUUCCCUUCACAAUGGCAGCAUACAAGUCGAAGUACCAGGCCCACCUCCAGCAGCUGACUGAUUUUGCGCGCAAGAUGAAAGAAGCUGAGAUCAUUCCCCAGUUAUGCAGGCAUAUGCUCAAGGCCGCACGGAAGCAUGCCUGCAUCGAGGAUGCCACUGGUGUUGGCUCUACCAAUGAGCUGGCAGAUGCUGAUAUCGAAGCUGCAAAGAGGGAGUGGGAGGAUUUGGUGCUCUCCGACGACAAGUAG